AUGUCGGUUGUGGCGAGCGAGACUACAAUCAACCAGUCGAUCACGUUCGAGCGCACGAUCUAUGUGCUCAGUGCCAUUCCGAUCGCCUUCAUCUUUGUCGUGCUCCUCUUUGGUCUCACGGGAUCUAGGGCUGGGAGGAGGAGGAAAGAAAUACAGGACGUGAAACAAAGAUUUAGCAAUGGACAGAGCAUCAUUUUUGCGCUCUCGGCUUCAGUGACUGAAACAAAACUACCACACAUACCGAAAAGCCACAGAACUCUCCUCAACAAAAACCUGUACAGAUCAUGUGAUAUUUCUUCGAGAUUCCAGCCAGAUGACAAACACAUCAAUCUGCCGGGAUGGGGUCGAUUAAACUCCAACGGCGAGCUGAAAAACUAUCGAUCUCUGAUUGCAACAUCCUAUCGCGACAUUGUGUUGAAAUGCUGCAAGAAAGAUCUGAAUGCAGCCUUCUCGGAAAACGUAGAGACAUUCAACCCGCGGGAAGCGAUGCUACUCAUCAUGAAGCGCUACCCAGAUGUUGAUUCCAAAACGGCAUUACGAUAUCUUCGUUUGUAUGAGAGUGCACGAUUCAGCAAAAGCGUCGUGAGGGAGGUUCAAAUUUUGUAUGCUCGAUGUAUAGGUCUGAUUUUGCUGCGCCAAGGAAACAUUUUCCAAGUUUCGGAAGGAACUCACGAACUUGAUGGUGCAAAGCACAUCAUUGCAAUGGCAGACUAUGACGCGUUCGUUACAGGAGAGUAUAACGAAAUGUCAGAGCAAGAUCCAGGAGAAGAAGGCUCUUCCUCCACAUCUUUCGCCUUUGUAGUGAUGGAUUCUGAAGAACGCUUGCCCUCGUACAGAAAUGCAAAAUCUUAG